AUGGUGCGCAUGGUGGAUGUCGAUAACGAUGGUAAGACGGAUAUGGUCCUGUUUCAUUCGGACGGCUUGGCAAAGGUCUGGAAGAACAUCGAUCAAGGGCGCAAGUUCAAGCCGCUAGAUGCAAAAUGGACCACUAGCUUUCAUCAGCCUCCCCAGAACGUUCAGUUCCGCCAUAUGGAUGGUGAUGGCGACGCCGACUAUGUCAUUCUCUACGAAGAAGGGGCAGUGGACUGGGUCUGCAACACACAACACAACGGUAAAGAUGAUAAGAAACGGAAUUGGGAGAAGGCCGUAGCUAUUGCACCUGGCCCAGCCAGCAAACCCAAUAAUCGCGCUCAGACUUUUCACUUGGAUGGGGAUGACAUGGCGGGUGAGUCUCGAUCAUUCCCCCAGAUAACGAAGCUCUUCCUCCUGGAUGAGUACAAGAAUCAGCUGCCCGACAAGAGUAAGUCCGGCUUCAAUCAGAUUCACUGCAGCUUCCUCGGCAUGCUCUGUAAGCUAGUCCUAAGGAACCCCCUGCGGAGACCGGGUGCAAAGGAAGCCAGCGAGAUUCCCAUCCAGCAUACCAUGCAGCGCCAGGGCCGGAAGGGCCACUGGAAUGACGUUCUGUUUCUCGAACGCCUAAUCAACCACUACAAGGAAAAUGUAACUCCCCUUCCCUCCUCACCCGUUCUACAUCUCUCUAGUGCGACUGUAUGCUAG